UGUUCGAUGCGUUCAACACCAGAUCAAUCAUCAACAGCUAAAAUGACUUGCUCUACAUCAGACCAGUCCUCUGAUUUAGCAACAUAUUCAUCAAUAUCAGGAGAAAAAUUAAUGACAAAAAGUUUAAACAAAUGUGUCUCAAAAUGGACGAUUUCGCAGGUCGAAAAAUACCUGAAUAUUUAUUAUCAUGUCGAUUAUUUAUCCAAUCCUUUGGAUGUUUUAAAAAAGAUUGAAUCUUUGUCUGAAGAACUCACGAAAGAAGAAACUUCUUACGUUCAAAAAGUAAAGAAAUAUGUAACAUUUAAUGUUGAAAAUUAUGAUAAAUUCUUAUUUAAUAGUGAUAGUCUAAAAGGAAAUGUUGAUCAAAUACUGAAAGAAUUGAAAACUGAGACGAACAUCAAUGUCAGGAAGAGAGUGGUUAAAUUUACUAAAGCUUUUAAAAAGCUUGUUCAAGAUAUUGAAUCAACAAGAAUACAUAAACAAGCUUAUGAAGGAAACUUCACUAAAUUUGUUGCAACGUUUGCUGAACUGUGUUGUCUAGAGGUUGAUUUUUCAUUGUCAGAGAGUGAUGAAACAGUAUGGGAGAAUUUGAUAGGAAUUCCCAAAGUUAUUUCAAAACCAGCCAUACGCUUUCUCAAAGAUGGGAUUGGUGAUUCUAAUGAUGAUGAUGAUUAUGAAUGUGAUGGGAUGGUAGUUCCUGUGGUUCAGGUGAAGAAUAAUUAUGAUUCGACACAUGCAUCUUCAUGGAGAAAACAAAGAAAAAUAAGUGGCCAUCCUUUAUCAUCUUCAUCAAAUCAAAGAACUUCUGAAUUUAAAAAAUAUAAAGACAAAGUUAGAGAACGUACCCAUUUAGAAGUACGUUUAAAUAGUACGGUGCUUGGACAACAUGCAGGAGAACUGUUAUUAGAUCUGAGGAGACAUUGUACAGAUGAAGACAAAUCUAAACUAACAAUGCCUGGUAUAAUUGUUGAUGGCACAAAGAUAUUUUUUACUGUCCUAGAAAUCUCAAGCACUCAUUUCAAGAAACUUAAAGAGAAUAUUGAACUAGAAGAGGAAGAUAAAGCCAUUAUAUAUUAUUCUACUCCUCUGGACAUUCUUUUGAGAGAUGAUCGUAAUGUUCUCAUAGACAAUUUUAUUAGACUCAAUAAUAUAAAGUGAUAGAAUUAAAAGUUAGUACCCAUAUUUA